GAGCUUACAAUAAUUUUUAUUUAGCCAAUAAUAAAGAAAAGAGCAAUUAUACAAAGAUCUAAAAAUAAAAUUUUAAUAUGAGCUCUACUGAAAUAGCAAAGCAAAAAAAAAAAAGAAUUAAAAUAUCAUAUUACAGAGUAAGACCCACCAUUAAAACUCUAUCUAGAGCUUCCAAAUAUUUUUUUACAGAAAAUCUUAAAAGUAUGAUAAUCAUAAGAAUACAGCACAAAAAUCUCAGAUAACUUGAUUACUUCCUAGAGAGGAGACAGAGAAAGGCAAAGAGAAAGAGAAAGAGAUUCACCCAAAAAGAGAGAGAGAGAGAGAGAGAGAGAGCGCGAGAGAGAGAGAAAGAGAUGAGGCAGCCAUCAUCAUCAUUAUCAGCAGCAGCAGCAAAGGGGAGGGGGAAGGGGACAGGGACGAGCAAGACGCCGUGUUGCAGCAAAGUGGGAAUGAAGAGAGGGCCAUGGACUCCGGAGGAGGACGAGCUGUUGUCGAAUUACAUAAACAAGGAAGGUGAGGGACGGUGGCGCACUCUUCCCAAGAGGGCGGGGCUCCUCCGCUGCGGAAAGAGUUGCAGACUCCGAUGGAUGAACUACCUCCGCCCCUCCGUCAAGCGCGGCCUUAUCGCCCCCGACGAGGAGGAUCUCAUUCUCCGCCUCCAUCGCCUUCUCGGCAACAGGUGGUCUUUGAUAGCGGGGAGAAUUCCGGGGCGUACAGACAAUGAGAUAAAGAACUACUGGAACACUCACCUCAGCAAGAAGUUGAUCAGCCAAGGGAUUGAUCCCAGAACCCACAAGCCAUUAAGCCCUAAUUCUUCCUCCGUGGCGGCGGAUGACAAACCGUCUUCCUCAAAAGCCAAUCAGAUUCAAAUUCAGAUGCCUCCUAACCCUAACCCCAAUCUUGUUACUCCUCCUCCUCCUGCCUUGGAUCAGCCGGUCAGUAGUAGCCGUCGAAUUCUCAUCAACAAGGGAAGAAAUGGGUAUUCUGAGGGAGCAAACCUCGGCCAGUAUUAUCAUGGUGAGGAGGAGGGGGAGGGAGUAGGAAAUGGUGGUGUCCUUAAUAUCCAGAAUAACUCUGAUAUUUGUGGGAUAGGGUUGGGAGGCAGCAAUGGUCUCGGUAGCAAUGAGGACGAUGAUUAUGAAAUUGACUAUGGCACGAAUGAUGUGUUCUCUUCAUUCUUGAAUUCACUGAUCAACGAAGACGUGUUCAACAGUCAACAAUAUGUCCAAGUGCAACAGCAAUCUAAUGAGAUUUCAAUUGCACCUGCUGCUGCUGGUUCUUCUGAUCCUUUGAUCUACCCUCCUCCUCAGAGUUUGGCCUUUGUUGCCGGAUGGGAUGCUCCAAUCAUGUCUGCUUUUAACCAAAAUGAUCCAAGAAGGUUUCGUGAUCACAUGGAAAAGCAGAUCUGAAAACUCAAACCUGCAAUUACAUACUUGAUUUUAGAAUUUGUGGCUAGGGUUUGCUUUGCACUAUUAUUUUAUGUGUGUCAAUUUCAAUGUUGUCUACAGUGCUCCUCUUCCACUUUCCUUAUAGUUGUGGUAUUGCUUGUGGUUAUACUAUGUUGUUGGUAUUGUAAACAAAACAUAUAUCAAUCUGGUGAUAUGUUUGUGUGAGUGUGCUUUAUUUGCAUAA